UGGAAAAACAAGCACCACAUGUACUCACCAGCAAAUUGGUAUUAACUGAUCAACACCUAAGUGGAUGUAUAGCAUAGGCUUUUAGUUGAGGGGAUUUGCAGUUAGAAUGAGGCUGGGUAGAAAUCUAGAGAAGAAGAAUGAAAGCAGAGAAGCCAGAGAUGUAGUGGGGCAGGAGCAGGACUCGUGGAGGAACAAGACAAGGGGAAUGAUUUUGUUUUAAACAGAAUUAGGAACAUAGAGUUUGAGAACACAUUUUCAGAAGUCCCUGUGUAGUUACCCACUGAAUGCUUGUUCAGAUAUUUAACACUCUUCAAUACUAGGUCUGUUGUCUAAUUGUUCUACUAUUCAGAAUCCUUUUAUGGCUGCAAAUGCCAACAUCCAAUUCAAAUAGCAAAAACAAACAUGGGGAAUUUAUUGUCAUAAAAUUCCUAUUAGAUUCCACUAGAUUUUAGUUCUCAAAUGAUACUGUUAGGAAUCUCACUCUUCAUCUCUUGGCUUUGCAUUCUUUCUUUUUUCAUUUUUUCUUUUUCAGAAGGGUCUCACUCUGUUGCCUAGGCCAGAGUACAGUGGCAUGAUCAUAGCUCACUGCAACCUUGAAAUCCUAUCCUCAAGUUAUUGUCCCACCCCUGCCUCCCAAAGUGUGUGAUUACAGGCAUGAGCCACUGUGCCCAGCCAUACCUUUGAUUUCCUCAAGCCACCUCUUACUGAACUCAGCAGGAACAGAAUGCCUCACUCCCAGUAAUUAUAGCAAAUCCUUCAAAAUUGACUUUUAUAUGCCAACUUGAGUCAUAUGCCCAUCCUUAAACCAAUUAUGUUGAGUGGAGCGUAUGGGGCUGGUGCUGGAUAGAAAAUGCUGAUUAGGCAGGCACAGGACAUAGGUCCAUUCUUGGAGCCAGAACAGAGAUUAAUCUCACUUACAUAACAUCUCCUGAGAAUGGGGGGAAAAAACUGGGAUGAGGUUACCCAAUGAGGGGAAGCUAGGUACCAAAACCAAAGGAUGCCCAGUGUCACCUUAUUGCAAGGUAUGGUUGCAGACCAGGGUCCCAUCCCCAAGAGUUAUUCCAAGGUGGAAGAGGUAUAUACCAUGCACCAUGAGAUCCGCUGUCCUGGACAUGUGAGCAGGAUUCAGGAAACUUGAUUUUCCUAGAACUCUAUCCCUGCUGUGUAUAUCCUGCUAUGUCCCUAGUGCCUAGAAGAACUACCUGCACAUCGUAGGCACACACUAUGCUUUUGUUGAAAGAGCGAUUAAAAACUAAGCAUAAGGGAUACAGAGGUUCAGUUUGGGAUUUUGGAAAAAUUCCAGAGAUGAAUAAUGAUAUAUAACAAUGUGAAUGGACUUAAUGCCACUGAACUGCACACUUUAAAAAAUGGUAAAUUUUUUAAAUUUUUUGCCCAAUAAUGUUUUUUUUAAAAAAGGGGAAAACCUUAGGCAUUAAGAAAGACAAGAUUUUGGUGGUUUCUUCUGGACUCUUCCUUUCCAUCUAAGCUUGCCCUCGUCAGUCACAGGACCUCAGGAGUUAGGUAGUCACCACUGGGAGCAGAAGGAAGUGCUUACCCAGUGCUUGUCUAGCAAAGUUGAGCACAGAUAUUAAUUAGCUUCCCCUACUUUACUUAAGGAGAUCAAAGGAUACAAACUGGUGGGGGCCGACGGAAGUCAGGAGAAUUUGUUUUAUGAGUGCAUGUGAUGCGUGAGUGAGGUUCAGCCAGAAUUCACAAACUCUGUCAUCUCCUAUGGCCAGGCAGGUAAGAACAUAAAUUAGUAAGAUAACAUAGGUCAGGUGGAGAUCCUCCUGACCUUUAAGCAGGCCAGCCACUGCUCAUGUUGGGCCAAUUACUGCCUUGAAGAAAUAUAGGCUCAGUAUUGCCUGACCUUAUGGUUUUUCACGAGAAGCCAUAAAUGUGGACUUUUAUGUGAAAUCUUUCAAUUUUUGAAUGUUAGCAAUCACUUUUAAAAAUGUUAUACAGUAGCAUGGGAAACAGAACACAGCUAUUUUCCAGAUCUGGGCCAUUGUGAGCUUGCGGUACCUGUUGUAAGUGCUACUGACUGUCUUUCCAUUGAUUUUUCACUUUCUUCCAAAGUUGAGACUAUUGUUCGCUUUCUAGCAAAUGACAGUCAUGAUCCCAUGUAUUUUUUACAUUUUACAGUUUAAGGUGACACAGGUGGUUAGGACAGAUAUUAACGUGCCAAUUUUAUGUUUGAAACCAUCAAGGCUCUAAGUGGAGGGACCAGCUUGCACUCAGAUCAUGUGAAACAAUGUUCUGUACUAUAUGACUUCAGGUGGUGGCUUUCAAAACUCCCCCUCAAGUUUCCUUAUUUAUAUCAUUUAUCUAGAUGAACUGGUUCCACCUUACAUUGGAAAAAACUGAGUUUCUCAAUUUCCCACAAUUCCUUUUGUUCGUCAGAUGGCAGAAGUCAUUACCUAUGCAAAACUAUAGAAAUAGAUUUGUGUAUUUAGCAGUAAUAAAUACAAUAACUAGGGAAUUUAAGUCAUAUAAUAUUUUCCAUCUUGCCAGAGAUGGAUAAUUUUUUAUCCCCCCUGAGGGAACUUUUGACUUAAGAAUGUGUUCCAAUCCCUUUGACAAGUUGGAAUAAUCAUUAAUGUUUACAGUUGCUAUAGCAACCAGAAAUGCUGGCAAUUGAGUAGGAAAGGAGCCUGAGAGAGGAAGAUAAGCUGUGUCAAUUAUUGAACAUCUGUCAAACAGUUAGCCAAUUUAAAGUGACAGACAAAAAGCUAGAAAUUGAAGAGCUGAGCUAUGCGUGGAUCUUCAACGAAUACCCUUCCUAUCAGGAUAAUCGCCGCUUCGUUUCUCAAGAGACUGGGAAUCUGUAUAUUGCCAAAGUAGAAAAAUCAGACGUUGGGAACUAUACCUGUGUGGUUACCAACACCGUGACAAACCACAAGGUGCUGGGACCACCGACACCACUAAUACUGAGAAAUGAUGGGGUGAUGGGCGAAUAUGAGCCCAAAAUAGAAGUGCAGUUCCCAGAAACAGUCCCGACUGCAAAGGGAGCAACGGUGAAGCUGGAAUGCUUUGCGUUAGGAAACCCUGUACCAACUAUUAUCUGGCGAAGAGCUGAUGGCAAGCCCAUAGCGAGGAAAGCCAGAAGACACAAGUCAAAUGGGAUUCUUGAAAUCCCUAAUUUUCAGCAGGAAGAUGCUGGUUUAUAUGAAUGUGUGGCUGAGAAUUCCAGAGGCAAGAACGUAGCAAGGGGACAGCUGACCUUUUACGCUCAACCUAAUUGGAUUCAAAAAAUAAAUGAUAUCCACGUGGCCAUGGAGGAAAAUGUCUUUUGGGAAUGUAAAGCAAAUGGAAGGCCCAAGCCUACGUACAGGUGGCUAAAAAAUGGUGAACCACUGCUAACUCGGGAUAGAAUUCAAAUCGAACAAGGAACGCUCAACAUAACAAUAGUGAACCUCUCCGAUGCUGGCAUGUACCAGUGUGUGGCAGAGAAUAAGCACGGAGUUAUCUUUUCCAGUGCAGAGCUUAGUGUUAUAGCUGCAGGUCCAGAUUUUUCAAGAACACUUUUGAAAAGAGUAACUCUUGUCAAAGUGGGAGGUGAAGUUGUCAUUGAGUGUAAGCCAAAAGCUUCUCCAAAACCUGUGUACACUUGGAAGAAAGGAAGGGACAUAUUAAGAGAAAAUGAAAGAAUUACCGUUUCUGAAGAUGGAAACCUCAGAAUCAUCAACGUGACUAAGUCAGACGCUGGAAGUUACACGUGUAUAGCCACUAACCAUUUUGGAACUGCUAGCAGCACUGGAAACUUGGUAGUAAAAGAUCCAACAAGGGUGAUGGUGCCCCCUUCCAGCAUGGACGUCACGGUUGGGGAAAGUAUCGUCCUGCCGUGCCAGGUGACGCACGACCACUCCCUGGACAUUGUGUUCACGUGGUCAUUUAACGGACGCCUGAUAGACUUCGACAGAGAUGGAGAUCACUUCGAGAGAGUCGGAGGGCAGGACUCAGCCGGCGAUCUGAUGAUCCGGAACAUCCAGCUGAAGCAUGCUGGGAGGUACGUCUGCAUGGUCCAGACAAGCGUGGACAAGCUCUCUGCCACCGCAGACCUGACUGUCAGAGGUCCCCCAGGCCCCCCCGAGGCUGUGACCAUAGAUGAAAUCACAGACACCACGGCUCAGCUCUCCUGGAGACCCGGGCCUGACAACCACAGUCCCAUCACCAUGUACGUCAUCCAAGCCCGGACUCCCUUCUCCGUGGGCUGGCAAGCAGUCAAUACAGUCCCAGAGCUCAUCGACGGGAAGACGUUCACCGCCACCGUGGUGGGUUUGAACCCUUGGGUGGAGUACGAAUUCCGCACGGUCGCCGCCAACGUGAUCGGGAUCGGGGAGCCCAGCCGUCCCUCGGAGAAGCGGAGGACGGAGGAAGCCCUCCCCGAAGUCACCCCGGCUAACGUCAGCGGCGGAGGAGGCAGCAAGUCUGAACUGGUUAUAACCUGGGAGACGGUCCCUGAGGAGUUACAGAACGGGAGGGGCUUCGGCUACGUGGUGGCCUUCCGGCCCUACGGCAAGAUGAGCUGGAUGCUGACGGUGCUGGCCUCGGCGGACGCCUCCAGAUACGUGUUCAGGAACGAGAGCGUGCGCCCCUUCUCGCCCUUCGAGGUGAAGGUGGGCGUCUUCAACAACAAGGGGGAAGGCCCCUUCAGCCCCGCCACCGUGGUGUACUCCGCAGAGGAAGAACCCACCAAACCGCCAGCCAGCAUCUUUGCCAGAAGUCUUUCUGCCACAGACAUUGAAGUCUUCUGGGCCUCCCCCCUGGAAAAGAAUAGAGGACGCAUACAAGGUUACGAGGUUAAAUACUGGAGACAUGAAGACAAGGAAGAAAAUGCGAGAAAAAUACGAACAGUUGGAAAUCAGACAUCCACAAAAAUCACCAACUUAAAAGGCAGUGCGCUGUAUCACUUGGCUGUCAAGGCAUAUAAUUCCGCUGGGACAGGCCCCUCCAGUGCCACAGUCAACGUGACAACCAGGAAGCCACCACCAAGUCAACCCCCCGGAAACAUCAUAUGGAAUUCAUCGGACUCCAAAAUUAUCCUGAAUUGGGAUCAAGUGAAGGCCUUGGAUAAUGAGUCUGAAGUAAAAGGAUACAAAGUCUUGUACAGAUGGAACAGACAAAGCAGCACAUCUGUCAUCGAGACAAACAAAACAUCGGUGGAGCUUUCUUUGCCUUUUGACGAGGAUUAUAUAAUAGAAAUCAAGCCGUUCAGUGACGGGGGCGAUGGCAGCAGCAGCGAGCAGAUUCGAAUCCCAAAGAUAUCAAACGCCUACGCGAGAGGAUCCGGGGCUUCCACCUCGAACGCGUGCACGCUGUCCGCCAUCAGCACGAUCAUGAUCUCCCUCACAGCCAGGUCCAGUUUAUGACAAAAGUCACCCAAAAGACUUGCUAUUUAUGAUACAAGCAACAUUUAGCUAGUUGUUUUGAAGACACCCAGUACUAAGUAAUAUUGUUGUUCGAGUACAUCUUAUUACCGGAAAAAAAAAAAAAUGUUUUUUGCUUCUUUAGGAAUGGCAUCCUACAGUACUUCCUCAAAGCAAAUCUAGCUUUGUCCGAAGGUUCUUUGGAAACUCUGCAAUGCACUGAAGACAUCUGUAAUAUGAUGUUACCAAAGCAGUUUACAUAUGUCCUUAUAUGCAUAUUUUUUAUUAUAUAUUUAGUGUUUUAUAGAAUUUUUUAAAGUUAACAUAUAAUGUAGAUAUUGAUUUUUUUCCUCUGCUGUAAAAUGCUAAUGGGCAACACAACCAUGCAAUUAUCAUUUGAAAAUGCUUCCUUUAAAAGCGGAGUUCGAAACUCGCCUUGGUUAAUAAAUUGCAAAUGACUUGUACAGUUUUAUGAGGAUCUAGUGGCAGAACAGCUGAAGAUUUGGUCUCUUAACUCGAGGCUGCCGUAUGCAAAUGACUCUUUGAACGGUUAAUGCAUUUUGAUGUGUACAAUAUGUUUUCCCGCCCCGUUGUGAAUUCUGUUGUUCAACACAACUUGAGAUGAUUUCAGGAAUGGCUGCAAUCUCAAAAAUUAAAUCGACUGCCUAAGAGGCAUCUUGUGCAAUACUCCCAUCCCUGAAUUUAGUGUUGUACAGUAAGACUUUCUUUUCACUCAGCUAACUUAGCAUUGUCUUUGUAGUAGCAUUCUCUUAGACCUUCAAUUUGAAGUUAUAUAUCCUGUAGUAACAUAGACCAAAAGUUACUAUAGUCAAUCAAGUCUUUCAAAGGAUACGAGAUAAUUUUACUAUCUUUCAAUGUAUCUGUUUUGAAUGUAAAUUUAAAAAAAAAAAGAAGUAAUUCUCUGUCAAUAGAGUCAUAAUUUCUUUACAAAAUUUCUUAUAUAUAAUACGUGUAUCUCUGUAAUUAUAGAGCCCUUCUUUUGAUUCAAAAUUACAUAUGGAGUUUGGAAGAUUUCUCCUAUUUUAGCAAAUAGUUACCACAAAGGAAUUUUUCAUAUGACUCUAUAAGAGAUCUUUAGUAUAAUUAUAUGUAUCUUGAUGAUUCUCCUGUUUUACAAUAGGUAGCCUAUAGUUGCUUUAUAAGCUUUAUCUUCUAAGUCUUUAAAUCACACAUUGGAAAAUGACAAUAUCAACAAAUCCGUAUUCUUAUGAAAAGAACUAUUUGUUAUGAUGGGGAGGUUUUGUAAGCUGACACUAGUUGGAACAGUGAUAUAAAAGGCAAUGAAAUUUUCUAUAAAAAUUUUCACAUGUAAACAUGCUGCCACCUUUUCUUCUUUCUCAGAGAGCUCAAAUUUGCCUGUCAUUUGUCAUUUUUGCUUACAAAUAAUAUAACUUAACUUUUCAACCUUCUAGUUAUCCAAUAAAGUCAUAAUCAGGAUUCCAUUUGUGUAAAAAUUAGGGUGGUAACCAGAAAAAAAAAUAUUGUCAGUAUUUCAAGCUGUGUUCCUUUCUUAGUUUGAUAUGGUUACUUACUUCUAUGUUAAAAUAAAAUAAAAUUUAAAAUCACACGCAAAAUAAAAAAAAUCAACAAAAUAAUAAAAUGAAUGAAAAAAAAAGAUGACACCCCAGGUAGUUCCACCCCCAGUGUAAAUGACAUUUAUCAGUGAUCUAGCAUAUGUAAUCUUUUUUUAAAGGUAUUGUUAAUAAAUAUUCUGUCAUUUGUAAA